AUGGUUUUCGCAAGGGGCGUAACACUAUAUAUUCUCGUGGCCGGGCUAUGCAGUAUUGGAGGCAAGUCCUCUUCUCAUUGGGGAAGGAUAAGCCGCUCAGAAUACUGUACUACAGUGGCCAAAUCAGUUCGGGCCAUUAAUACCCGCUAUGCAAACGCAUGGCACACGUUUGAAGUUGCUCUCAAGCGAACCAGUGUUGUCAAGGGAAAGUGCGACGAGGACGUGAAGAAAGUCAGCGACGAUGAGAUAACAGAUGUUGCAGACAGCGGAAAGAAGAGAGUUGUAGAUGAGUACUACAACGCGAUCAUGUAUGUCGGAACAGAGAUUAGGAACUACGAGCGCGAUUUACACAAACUAACGGUGUAUCUAAAGGACCGAUGCGGGUUUUGGUUGUCCUUCAUGCCAGUAACCAUUUCAUUCAAACGGAGCAUUGAGGAGACGACGGCUGAAGCUACAGGCAAGGUGUCGAAAAUUGAAACUCUUAGUGGAGAUGCGGCGAGCUAUGCCGCUGAUGCGGCGAAUGAUGAGUGCUCCACGGUGGAGGAUAAACGCAGAGAGAAGGAGGCAGGUGCUGGUGAAGACACUUCCGGCAAACAGAACGAGGAAACAUCCGAUGGCCCCGUGCCCGAAUCUCCUGAAUCACCCACAAGUAUGGAUGAGCAGAGAGAAGAAAAGAGGUCGACUGACACCGCUAAAGGUGACACCGAUAGCAGCCAAGAAGGUCUUGGGGAAAAAACCGCCGACGAGGAACCUGCUGUUGUUGCUGAACCUGCGGUAGGGAAGGAGGCCCAGGCAGAGGUGGAUUAG